GCAGUUCUCACUGACUGAUGAAGCUCAAUGCCUAAUCAAAACAAACCAACACCACCUCUGGACGAUGUUGAACCGCACAUCAUGCAGAUGUGGAAGGCUCAUCUCACUGACAGGCAAAUAGUGGCAGAGCUUCAUAAGGUUAUCAAUACAAAUGAAUAUGGUAUUGGCCUGACGAAGUUUAUCGUGCAAGGCCAUACUGCUGACUCUAUUUGGGAUGUAAUGAUGAUCAGUCUGUUGCACCAUGAGAGGAACAUGAGUGUAUCUAGGAGUGUAAUUCGAGAGUAUUUUGCCACCUAUGAACCACACCUCAUUUGCCAUCGCAAGGCAUGCCAUCUCCAGUGUCGUCGUUUCUGGGCAGCUGGUGUCAAUGAUAUAUGGGUGGUUGAUCAACAUGAUAAAUGGAACAAAUUUGGCCUUGCCUUGCACACCAGCAUAGAACUGUUUUCUGGGAAGAUUCUGUGGAUUCGUGUCUGGCAUUCCAAUAGAAACCUGCAGCUCAUUCUCACUUAUUACCUUGAUGUGGUUGAGGAACUUGGAUUCAUUCCCCUUGUCACUCAGAGCGAUCCUGGGUCUGAAAAUUUUGGUAUCGCAAAUGCACAAACUAUGCUGUGCCAGUGGCAUGACCCUGCCCUCGAAGGGACACUUCAACAUUGGUGGAUGUGUUCCAGGAAAAAUAUCAAACCAGAAAUCAUGUGGUCUCAACUUUGUAGGCAUUUUACUCCCAGUUUCAAAUCACUACUGGAAUAUGGGGUUCAUCAAGGCUGGUAUGACAUCGAUAAUACACUCCAGUGUAUGAUUUUUUGGUGGAUUUUUAUACCCUGGCUUCAAGAAGAACUCAAUGGUUAUUGUGAGCAUGUCAAUUACACUAUAAAACAGCAUGAUUGUCACAAGGUACUCCCUCAUGGUGUUCCUGAAUUAAUGUUUCACUCUCCACAGGACUAUGGUGCGAUAGAUUUCAAGGUGAGUUUGUUACACAUGUAG